GCCAUCCCUCGCCUUCCCCCGCCUUCCCUGCUCCCGGCCCCGCCGCUCCGGGCUGGCAGGCGCUGGGAGCGGCUGCUGCGGGGGCUGCCCGGUGCCAGCUCACCAAGCAUGGCCACCCAGAUGUUCGAGGGCCGAGGGCAUGCGGCCGUGUACCAGAAAUACAGGUUUGCACCGGGCAAAGAGCUGAAGCACACCAUCCUCUCCUACCUGCGGGAAAAGAAGGCCAUCCCUGCGGAGCUGGCGGUGGAUGUUGGCUGCGGCUCUGGACAAGGCACCCACUUCCUCGGGGAGCACUUCAAGAAGGUGGUGGGCACGGACAUCAGUGAAGCACAGAUCCAGGAGGCCAAGGCCACCCCGUGCAUGCCCAACAUCUCCUACCUCGUGUGCCCGGCGGAGGAGCUGCCGUUCCAGGACGGCUCCGUGGACGUGCUGACCUCGUUCACGGCCGCGCACUGGUUCCAGCUGGAGCGCUUUGCGCGCGAGGCUCAGCGCGUGCUGCGGCCCGGCGGCUGCGUGGCCAUCAGCACCUACACCCUGGACAUGAGCCUGCGCCACGGGCAGUGCUCCCAGCAGCUCACCAGAGUCUUCAGGGAGUGCUGGGACGAGAUUUUAAAAUACUCAAAUGAUAAGGUAAAAUUUGUCUUGGAUGACUACAAAGCGAUCUUUGAGUCCUUGCCAUUCCCAGACAAGAAGAGAAUCACUGAUAUCUACGACCCAAUUCCCAUGACUGUUGAGGGUGUGGUUGGUUACAUGGAGUCCACCUCUUCAUAUCAAACCUUUAAGAAGAAUGACCCUGCAGCUGCAACAUCCCUUCUCCAGGAGACUGAAAAGAGGAUGCUGGAGACAAUGGGAGUUUCCUCUCGUGAGACCCCGGUGGAUUUCUUGGUGAGGCACGUCUGUGUGCUGGGCUGCAAGGGCUGCUGAGAGAGCAAACCCUUCUGAUCUGCUGCCACCAUGGAAGGGGAAGGUGGAUUGUCUCCUAAAACCCUGCUUGUAACUGCUCUUGCUCCUUGGGAGGACCCCUGCUGAUUUUGCUGAUUGAAAUGUUGGUCUCCUGUGGAAAGCAGAUGGGGUUUGUGCCCCUCAGCUUCCUGUCCACCUUGGUCCUGCUGUCUGCCCCGUGCUGCUCCCUCAGCACUGCAAGUGUCCCGUUGUGGAUUGAUGGUUUAGUAACACGUGGGGAAGAGAAUCACAGGAACAGCUGAGAAACUCACUGUUCAAUGUCUUACUCACUUGAAACUCACUGCAUUUCUUACACAAUUAAUAAUAAUAAUUAAAAAGCCAGCUGAGAAAA